AUGGCCGAGGUCGCAUACAUUUGCAAGCGCACUAUUGUUAGCGCAAAACCAGUACAGCCAGGAAAAUACUGCUCAUUUUCAGUUUUAGACCGUCUCAUGGAACAAAACUGGCUAAAAAUUGUGUAUUAUUUUCAGACCCCAGGAACAAGGGAGCCUGGAGAGUUAACCAAGAAGCUAAGAGAGUCUAUGUCAGAAAUGCUUACAAGUUUUCCUAUAGUAACCGGUAGGUUGCUAAAAGACCCAGAAGGCCAUUGGAUGAUCAAGUGCAAUGAUGCUGGGGUAAGAAUGGUGGAGGCUAGAGCAAAAGGGAGUGUGGAAGAUUGGUUGAAGAGUGUAGAUAGAGAGAAGGAGCUUAAGCUUAUUCACUGGGAAGAAAUGUUCCAUAAGCCUUAUUUUUGGUCUACCUUCUAUGCUCAGAUAACUGAAUUUGAAGAAGAUGGAUUAGCAAUUGGCUUGAGCUGCUUUCACCUCCUGGCUGAUCCUACUUGUGCGACUAUGUUCAUUAAGGCCUGGGCCGACGUGACCUUUACCGGAAAAAUGCUCGAUCCCCCUCUCUUCAACCCAUUGCCGCCUCGCAGACCCGGCAGGCAAAAUCCCAACCAUGAGCCUUACAUCGACUUGAUCGAUUCCUACAAACCUCUUAUUGAGAAAGCAAACAUGGUCACGGACACAAAGCAUGCAACUAUUGCUCUUGCAUUUUCGGACCCUAUGGUUCGAGCUUGCAUGGCAACCUGUCGAACCACGGAUCAAUCUAAUCCAUCGCCCUUUGAGGCACUAGCUGGGCUUUUUUGGGUUUGUUUAAGCAAAUUGAAAAGAUCAAGUGAUGGUCUAAUAGAUAUGUCUAUUUGUUUAGACAUGAGAAAAGUGUUGCAUCUUGAUAAUGGAUUUUUUGGAAACUGCAUGGUUUAUAAUAAGAUUAGCUCAAGGUAUGUAAAAGAAUAUAAAUUAUCCGAUGCUGCUGAGGCUAUUGGAGAAGUGGUGGCAAAAAUGGAUAGUGAUGCGAUCGUUGACUUAAUCGAUUGGCUACAACAGAAUGAUUAUCAAUCUCCUCCUUUGAUGAAUGGCUGUGAUCUCAUUUGUGUUAGUUUAGAAGGUGUGGAUCCAUAUUUAGCCGUAUUUGAAGAAGGCUUGGUCCCAAUUCGUGCUUCUUAUUAUGUUGAACCUGUUGUUGGGGCAGGACAUGUUUGGAUCCUUCCAUCGCCAAAGGGCGAGGGUCCAUUGAGCAGGGUGGUUAUGGUUACGCUUCCAUGGGAUGAGGCGAUCAAGCUAUGUGAAGAUGAUCUUAUUCUACACUUAUCUCCAACUAUUUUAAUGGGAGUGAAUAAAUAUUAG